GUGUGAUCUUAAUAGGUUUGGUUAUACCAUCUGGACAUUCAUCAUUCGAUGUAAACCAUCCUGAUUUUCUUGUUUUUCAGCCUGUAUUCUUUCUAGUCUAUCAUGAUCGAUACAGCACGGCAAGUGUCUAAGCGGAGUGUGUUCCUUGUAGUUGUGUUUUAAACUUCAAACGCACAUGCCCAUGACAAAGCAGUAUGUAUUCCUAUGACCUUCCAGUCACACUGGCUGUAUCAUCUCGCACCGACUUCCUAUCGUAGUGGUCUAUGUAGGUAUAGACGUCGACAGCAGUGAUUCCUGUAGCGCCUGGUAAUGUGACGGACGUAGAUUCGCUACAAGUGACAGAGAUUGCUUCUGAUCAAACAACAUCUUCAUUACCUUUGGCAAUCAGAUUAUCUAAAUGGAUCUUACUAUUCUAGAUACUAUUGACAGCGCUCAUGUUCGUGCGAAACGCCAUACCAUCGAUCUCCGCAGUCAUUCUCUCAACGCUGUCGUUGGCCGCAAUAGGUCCCUUUGGAAAUCGCCCUCUCGAUGGACCUGGGGUCAUUUGAUGGCGUUAGGUUUUGGUCUACUAAGCGAUGCUGAAAUAGAAUACCGAAACAAGGACCGGCCUUCCCUCCAUGCAAUCAUUCCCGUUGUGCCACAAGAUUCCCUGCAAAGGUUGAUAGCACAAUUUAUUUGCAGUUGGAACCCUUGGACGAAGGUCAGGGCCUUGAACUACCUGCUGCUAUUUAUGGAACCACACGCAUCUGAAGACGUCAAAGUUGACCUCGGCAAGCCUCCUAGCAACGAUGGAAUUGUCUUCUCUUUCCACGGUGCGAGGAUAAUAGGGCUGGUCGUUGGGCCGCGUUGGCAUGCAUUGUCACAAGCGUACAAAUUCGAUCUUGGGCCCAUGGUGUUUUUCUACGUCAAUUCCACCCAGAUCAUUCCCUCGCCUCCUCACAUUAAUGAGAGCUGUAUAGCCUGUAUUACGGCUAUCAUGGUUGCCAUAGCCCAAAGAGAAGAGCGUUCUCCCGAUGGACCGGUGGUUGUGGUACGUUGCUAUUUUUGCUAGUUACACAGAAGCUAACAUAUGUAUUGUGUGCUUCAUGGCAGACACGGCUACUCUAUACACAAUACCCCGACCCAAAUAAUAUGCACGUCUUUACUGCACAUAUAUCUCGGCUUCUCCUCGAACGUUUCCGAUACCCAAACCGAGCCCCCUCGAUCUACCUCCCGCACCUCAUCAAAAUGCAACAGAAGGUUGUGCCGUGUGAACCGAUUCAAACACUCCGUGCUCGUCUUCUAGAAGCCUUGUCAGUUACUGAGACAACAGUCACGGAUAGCCACGACCUCUAUGGCGUUCGGACGCGCAAACCUUCGAAUGCAAGCCCGGUAAUAGACAACAAAGAUCCGCAUAGAAGGGAUAGCGAUGAGAUUUGAGCAUGGGCGAAUGGCUUUACCGUUUGAUGUAACCGAAGAUUACCUACUGAGAUGAUCUUAAAGGGCUAAAAUGGGGCGUUUUGGGGGGAAUACGUUUGUUAUCUCUUUGGCUGCUGUUACAGCUUCACUGCUAGCAGAGCGACUAGUCGGCGAUAUGUAUAAUUAUUUGUCAACUAAAGCUUCUGAGCGAUGAGAACUUAGGCUUUCAUCGAAUAAGUUAUUACCAAAGAUCAGUUCGAUAUCGCAGAGUAGAGCUAAUUCAUCA